AUGCCCAAGUACGUCCUCACCGGGGUAGGUGGAAACAUUGGUAGUGUCGCAGCCUCCUUUGCUCUAGAAAUCGCCCCACCAGACACCAAGCUCUCAUUCACAACCUCCGAUCCUGAAAAGAUAACCGCCUCGACCCGCUCAUCCUGGGAAGCACAGGGAGCAACGAUCUCCAAAGCUAGCUAUGAUGACGUGGACAGUCUCAAGGCCGUCUUCGCCGGUGCCGAAGCGGUAAACCUGAUCUCAACCUGGUCCUUUGGUCGUCGACACGAACAAGCUCAAACCGUUAUCAACGCAGCCAAAUCUUGCGGUGUGCGCCGCAUCUGUUACACCUCUUUCGUGGGCGCCGAUAGCCCCGCCCCGGUGAAUGAGAUGCCCUUCCUGCCCCGUGACCACAAACAGACCGAAUCAUUGAUCCGGGCAUCUAGGCUAGAGUACAAUAUCCAGCGUGAUUAUCUGUACAUCGAUAAUAUUCCGAAUUUCUUUGCUCCAUCUUGGAAUUGGUGUGAACAUAAGUGGAUUUUUAACUCGCAUGGCGCUGCAGGUGCGUAUGUCGCGAGGGAAGAUUGUGCAAGAGUACAUGCUGCGCUUCUUUUAGGCCGCGGCAAGUCGAACACCGUAUAUGAUAUUACGGGCCCUGAAUCUGUGACAGACCAGAAGGUCUUUGAUUGGAUCUGUGAGAAGUUUGGUUAUCAGGGAACCUUUAUUGAUUUGCCAGAUGAUCAGAUAAGGGACUUCUGGACUGAGCGUGGAUUGCCUACUUCUGUGACGGAGAUUUCGAAGCUGCCAAUGAAGCUUUGUGUGGACGAUCUGCUAUGCUGUGGCCAGAUGGUUGCGGAUGGCUAUAUGGCCAAGACCAGCAAUGAUGUUGAGAUUCUCACUGGACGCAAGCCCGUUCCCUUCCAUGAAGCCUUGCUGAAGUAUCGACAAGUCUUCAACUCGAUUGCAGAGUCUCAAUAA